AAUGGAGCUCAUUACUUAUGCAGCCUUCUCGCGCUCCAUUCACAAACUGCUGCUGCUGCCUAUGUCCGUCUUCCUUCCCCUCUCAGUCUGCGUGGAUCUCAUUAAAACACAGCCUAAAUGACCACAAACGGUUAAGGCAUGGAUUAUAAAAUGGAUGGAUAUCUGGACCAGCAAGUGCCUUAUACUUUAGCUAAUAGGUUGCAAGGAAAUGGGCCCCUAAAUAGACUGUUGAUGGCAACAAAAAGGAAAUACAUGGACACCGAAUUACCCCCUCAGGAAUCCGAAGAUCUCUUUCAGGAUUUAAGCCAACUUCAGGAGACAUGGCUCACCGAAGCUCAAGUUCCUGAUAGCGAUGAGCAAUUUGUUCCUGACUUCCACUCAGAGAACUCAGUGGCAUUCCACAGCCCGCCUGUGAAGAUCAAGAAAGAGCCUCAGAGUCCCGGCUCAGACCCCAGCCAGUCUUGCAGUCACAAGCAGAGCUUCAGCUACCCCAAUGGAGAGCAGUGCCUUUACGCCAGUGCCUAUGAGCAGAAGAGAGCAGCCGUGGCAGCAACAGCAGCAGCAGCAGGAGGAUCUAAGAGCUCUUGUCCAGGGACACCUAUGUCUCCUAUGCAGCAUUACUCCCCAAAAACAACAGUGGGAACUCGGCCAGAGUCAGGGUACAUGAAUACACCCUCAGCCAGCCAAUCCCACGCCUGCCACAGCCACAGUUACCCCAUGAACCCCAGAUGCACCAGCCUCACACUCUACAGAAAGAAUGUGCCUGGUUGCCCCUCCAUGUAUCAUCACAAUGAGAGCUACCCCAACCCACAGCACAACAGUGAAGGUUACAUGUUUGAAAAUGAUUCCCGCGUUGUUCCUGAGAAAUUUGAAGGUGAGGUGAAGCAGGAAGGAGGCGGUGUGUUUCGUGAAGGCGCCCCCUAUCAGCGCCGUGGCUCACUUCAGCUCUGGCAGUUUUUGGUGGCCCUCCUCGACGACCCUGCCAAUGCUCACUUCAUUGCAUGGACCGGCCGUGGCAUGGAGUUCAAACUCAUUGAGCCAGAGGAGGUGGCAAGACUCUGGGGGAUGCAGAAGAACCGUCCAGCCAUGAAUUACGACAAACUGAGUCGUUCUUUGCGCUACUAUUAUGAGAAGGGAAUUAUGCAAAAGGUGGCGGGUGAGCGUUAUGUUUACAAAUUUGUGUGUGAGCCGGAGGCUCUAAUAUCCUUGGCUUUUCCUGACAAUCAGCGGCCAAGUCUGAAGGCAGAAUUCGAACGCUACGUCAACGAGGAGGACACUGUGCCGCUGUCUCACCUCGAUGAGGGGGUAUCUUACCCUUCUGAACCAGCUGCCACCAACAUUGGCCCUCAGUCGUACUCCAAAGGCUACAUGUACUAAUGCCACCAACAUUCUCCCAUGUUCCCCAUCCCAGUUUACUACCCGCUGCACCUAUUGCACAUGCCCACCCCAUCCACUUGUAUAUAAGGCUGUUUUUUUAUUUUUGUUUUUUGAUUAAAUUAAUCUCAUUAGGGACUCUGCAUUCCUAUCACUUCUGAGGCCUAUCUAAUCUAAACACAGUACUGUGGUUCAAGAGAUUGCUUAAUAAAGACCCAAUAUUACUACUA